AUUGACUUCCGGUCACCUCUAGUGACCCCAUCUACACUUCCGGAAAGCUUAUUGCGCAUGCGGUCUGGGAAAAAUCGGGAAAAAGAUGGCGGGUCUUGUCACGUUUGGGAAGCUGGCUUGCAGAAAUUCAGCUCUGAAAAGUUCCUUAUCAAGACUUUGUACAGAGCGUGCAACAGCAUGGCUGUUACCGAGCAGACUGUCCCAGCUCUCCGCCAGAACUAUGGCUGCAGAGGCCAAGAAGUUUGUCCGAGACAAGCCUCAUCUCAACAUCGGAACCAUCGGCCACGUAGAUCAUGGCAAGACCACCCUGACUGCCGCUAUUACUAAAGUGCUGUCUGCCCAGGGCGGAGCGGAGUACAGGAAGUACGAUGAGAUAGACCGCGCUCCCGAGGAGAAGGCACGCGGCAUCACCAUUAACCAGACCCACGUGGAGUACACCACGGAUAACCGGCACUACGGACAUGUGGACUGUCCUGGGCACGCUGAUUAUAUCAAGAACAUGAUCACAGGUACAGCACAGAUGGACGGAGCCAUCCUGGUGGUGGCUGCUACAGACGGGUGCAUGCCUCAGACAAGGGAACACUUACUACUAGCUAAACAGAUUGGUAUCUCCCACAUCGUUGUUUACGUAAACAAGGCGGAUGUUGUUGACAGCGACACCCUGGAGCUGGUGGAGAUGGAGAUGAGGGAGCUGCUGACAGAGUUUGGUUACCCCGGUGAUGACGUUCCCCUGAUCGUCGGGUCUGCUCUGUACGCUCUCGAGGGUAAGGACUCAGAACUAGGAGAGGCGUCCAUCCAUAAACUGCUAGAAGCAGUGGACAGCUACCUGCCCCUCCCCCAACGUGAUCUGGACAAGCCCUUCAUGAUGCCAGUGGAGAUGGUACACUCCAUCUCAGGCCGUGGUACAGUUGUGACGGGUACGAUGAUCCGUGGAACCAUCCACAAAGGAGACCCCGCCCUCAUCAUUGGAUAUGGUGUCAAUGUAAAGACUGUGAUCACAGGUAUUGAAAUGUUCCACCAGCAGCUGGACAGGGCAGAGGCAGGGGACAGUCUGGGUGCACUGGUCAGGGGUGUAAAGAAGGGUGACGUGCGCAGGGGAACCAUGCUGUGUAAACCUGGGUCGGUCGCACCACAGGAGAAGGUUCAGGCUCAGGUUUACAUCCUGACUAAAGAGGAAGGCGGCCGUCGCACACCGUUCACCAACACCUACACUCCCGUCAUGUUCUCCCACACGUGGAACAUGGCGUGUCGAGUCUCCCUGCCCGAGGGAAAGGAAAUGGUGAUGCCCGGAGAGGACACCACCCUGUCCCUGGUGCUGAGAACCCCCAUGGUGAUGGAGCCGGGACAGAGAUUCACGUUACGCGACGGGAACCACACCAUCGGCACCGGGGUCGUCACCAAGAUCCUGCCGCCUCCAAAACCAGAAGAGAAAUUCACGGGGAACUAACGCGACGAAAUUUCCCUUAGUCGUGAUCAGAUAUUUUCUGUAGCCACAUAGUGUACAUAUGAAGUAUGUCAAGUUUUCUUUUGUUUUUACAAAUCACACGCAUAAACGAAUACAGCAUUACAUACAGUGUUAAGAUAAUGCAGGCAAACCCCACUAUUUUGUCCAGUUGUAGCUUUGCAACAAAAAUGAUGCAAAAUCUCAUUGACAUGUGUAGUCAAUGUGAGUAAGUCAUUUCUAUAUUCUAUAUGGAGUCAUUUUGCUUCAGACUAUAACAGAAUAUAGUAUAACAUUGAUUUUGUUGACUUGAAAUUUCAAACUCUAGUCACAAGGCUUUUCAGAUCAUGCAAAAAAUGUACACUUUGGUGUAGUAUUGACUUUAUUACUAAAGUAAAGGGUUUCAAUAAAGAAGACCCUCGGUUCACUGGUAUACAGAAAGGUAAAGCCUAGGUAUAUUAUAGUAAUUACACUUUUGUAAGAAACAAGGAAUGUGAUUCAGAAAGAGAAUAUUAUAUAGUAUAGUGUGUUAGCACCAUAGGCAACUGUUUAGAAAAAAAAUUAAGGCUGAUUAUAUACAGAUGAAGAAUCUGUGAAUAUUAAACUUGUUCCUUGGUGGUUAA